UUAUAUUCUCUUAAUAAUAUUGUGAAGUGUUGGAAUUUCUUUUAUUUGUACAAGAAAUUGCAAUAUUGAAUUAAAAAACAUUUAAGAAAAUAAUAAGCAAUAUAUUAAUACCAGCAUGUCUACCGAUUGGGAUGAAGUUAAACGCUUAGCGGCCGAUUUUCAAAAGGCACAAUUAACAUCGACUUUACAAAAACUCUCAGAACGUAAUUGCAUAGAAAUUGUUACUUUGCUAUUGGAAAAGAAUUUAUUAGAGGUAAUAUUUACCAAUGAUGGUAAGGAAUACAUAACACCUGAUCACUUGGAGCGCGAAGUGCAAGAUGAGUUGUAUGUCAAUGGGGGUAGAGUCAAUUUGGUGGAAGUUAGUAAAACUUUAAAUGUGGAUUUGACAAGGAUAGAGGAUGUGGGAAAUAAAAUUGCCUUGGAAAAUCCCAAUGUACAUUUUAUAUUGGGCCAACUUAUAGAUGAAGACUAUAUUACCUAUAUAGCCCAAGAAAUCAAUGAAAAACUAUCACAAAAAGGUGAAAUAUCUGUUAAUGAUUUAACCGAACAAUUUGAUUUGCCUUCGGACUUUUUGCAAACAGAUGUUUUGGAAAAACAUUUGGGCAAAAUCAUUAAGGGCAGACAGGAUCCCUCAAAUCCCAAAAUAUUCUUUACGCAAGCCUAUUUGCAAAGAUGUAAGGCGAAAAUACGCGGUGCUUUGGCGGCACUCACCAGACCCACAAAUGUUUCGGUGAUUUUGCAACAGACCAACAUACAACAGAAAAUCUUUCAUACUUUGGUGGACGAAAUCAAUCCGGCCGGCCAUGUAACCUCUAAACAAGCCAAUGCACAGUAUGUGCCUAAUAUUUAUGCCAAAAUGCAAACGGAUUGGGUAAAUAACUUCUAUCGCCAAAAUGGUUUCUUGGAAUAUGAGGCCAUUAACAAGUUGGGCAUUACGAAUGCUAAGCAGUUUAUCACGAAACAAUUUGCGGAGGAGGAAUUAUUGUUCUUAAAACGUUGUGCGGUUAGCACAAAACUGGUAGAACUUACAGUGAUGCCUGCCUUGAUGGCGGCCAAACAAUUUAUAGAUUUGUCAUCUCUUUUACCCUCUAAUAUGUCCUCGUCCGAUCGUGAGGAGUUGUUCGAAGCUAUAGUGGCCAAAAAUCAAGCUUCUUUGUCCAACUUUGUGCUCAUAGGCUCUUUGGGUUCUUCGGUAGUUUUCACUCCACAGUAUUUGGAGGAAUUGACACAACCCUGCCGUGAAUUGGCCUUGUCUAAAGCUAAGACAGCGGUGGAUAGUGGUACGUAUCAACAGCAUGUGGCCAUUAAACAAAUGUCGGCUAAAGGUGGCCAACGUAAGGACUUUGAUGAUGAUGAGGUGCUGGAUAAACGUGACGAGCGACGCAAAAAGGCGUCUUCUGGCAAAGCAGGCGGUGGUUCUCAGGGCCGGGAAACAAAAACCAAAUCCACCAAGAAACAUCAACGUGGUGGUAAGAAGGGCGGUAAAAAUGAUUUCGAUAGUGAUGAAGAGGAACAAUUUGGAAACAGUGGCGGUAAUGCGGGUGGCUCUUCAGCUAGUAAAAAACAAUUGGAGUUGAUUACUAUUGGGGAUAUUGUUAAAGUUUUGAAUAAGGAAACCUCGGCUUUGGGUAUUGAGGAGUUGAAUGAAGAUAUAGCUGCCAUGUAUCAUGACCAACUAAAUCAACUUGCCUUGGCCAAGGCCCAAGAACUAUACGAAAUAACUUUGCAAAAAAGUGCCGCUGGCAGUGGUCAAACUCAUGCGGGAGUGCAAGAGAAAAUCAAUACACUUUUGGUCGAUUUACGUCUAUAUGAAAAGGGUCUUAAGCUUUUCCCUGCCUCUGCUCAAGCGGAUUUAAUCAAAUAUCUACUCAAGUCUUUGGGUAAUGAUAUCUGCAAUGAAUUGAUUUCCUAUAUAGCCCAUGAAUGUCAAAUCGAAUUGAAAAAUGCCAACUUAAAUGUGGAUCAACGCAAUAAACUGGCUCAAGAAUGUGGUGGAGAUUAUAAACCAGUUAUAUUGGAACUAAAUAAAGCUCUAAACAAAACCAUCGAUGAGUUUGUUUUGGCCACCGAAUCGGUUUUGAAGACCUGCAGCAUGAUUGUUAAGAAGGUCGACAAGAAAAAGGAUCGCCCAUUGAUCAUACAACAUCGUGAGAAACUCUUGGAACAAUUACAGCAAUGUUCUGAGCCCGCCUUGAUCUUGCAUUUAUCCGCUUUAAUCUUAUUUACCACCAUAUCGGGCUGUAUUUUACAUGCCAGUGGUAAAUUUGUCUCACAGAUUUUAUUAUUUAUUAAUAGUUCUAUGACGGAUGAACAAAAUAAGCUUUUACAACAAUAUCAUGAUUUGGUCAUUAGUGUUUUGCGUUUAUCGCCCGACUCAGAGGAAUAUUCCACAGCCAGUUCGGAGUUACAGGAACUGGAACCCAAACUAAAGCAAUUGGCUGCUUCAGCUAGUCUUUCUAAAUCAGAAUAAGAGCAUUUCUUUGUUAAUAUAUUAUAAUUUUGAUAGAAUUUUAACCAUAUUAACGGUUGUAAAUAUAAUAUUCCAUUUUAUUCAUUGGCAUUGUUGCUCAUACUAACUAGUUUUUUUCUAAUAUUUUCUUUUUAUGGCAAUUUUUUUUAAUUAUGAUUUAAAAAUUAUAAAGUUUUUGUUAUUUUUUUGGUAAAUAAACUUUAAACUAGGCAAAAAGCAAAAGAAA